GUCGAUAGCACUGCGGCGCCGCGGCUAAACGCUAAACCGCUAGUGCGGGUUAUAUUCCUAACAAGCGUGUUGGUAAAGUUUACAAGAUAACAAAAAAAAAAUAAAACCUAAAGAGAUUGAAACACAGACGAGUACAUAGUGUACUCGUUUGUGUUUUAUCCUCUCUGUGUUUUAUUUUUUCGGUUAUCUGAUAUCCAAACUCGUCGCAUUUGCGGCAGUCUGAUCACCACCUGCGGAAUCUGAACAUGGACGCUGCCAGCCGCGGGUCGCACUGGUUCUGGUUUUGCAGCUGUGCCGCUGCUGUAAUCAAAUUAGCGGCUACACCCGAUCGCGCUAUCUUCGAGGCACUUUUUCGAAGCGAAUCGUCGAACGUCGGCUAGCCGCCAAGCCUCCUAAGCGUCCCGGCCGCCGUCAACCACGUAUCGACGUGGGGGUCCCUUUCGAGGUCGCAGCAGUCUGCAUUCAAGGUGUUCGGGGGAGAGGUUCCCGCGCGGAGUCCGGACUGAAGAUUCGCGCUCGGUUUUGGACUCGUGCUCGGUUUCGUCGGCGCGGUCAUGGACGCGCUGCUCAAAGAGGCGCUCGGAACGACCAAGCUGCGGGCGACGGGCCGCGGAGGCAGCGGCUGCAUCAACCAGGGCGAAUGUUUCGAGACGGACUCCGGUUACGUUUUCAUCAAGCGCAACUCCAAGGAUAGGGCGAGGCAAAUGUUCGACGGCGAGUUCGCGGCGUUGACGGCAAUCCUCAAGACGAACACGGUUCGAGUGCCGGCGCCGAUCGCGAUUGUGGACAACCCUGAAGGCGGAGCUGCGCUGGCCAUGGAAUACGUGGAGAUGCGGCACCUGAGCAAGCACUCUGCACAGCUCGGAGAGCAGUUGGCCAGCAUGCACCUGCACAAUGAGCGGGUGCGCGAGCGCAGCCAUGGUGGCUCGGUCCACAACCAGCAGGAGGACUUUGUGGAGCAGUUUGGUUUCCACACCACCACCUGCUGUGGCUACCUGCCCCUGGACAACAGCUGGAACGGCGACUGGGUGGAGUUCUUUUGCCGGCAGCGCAUUGACCACCAGAUCCGGGUGGCCCAGGAAAAGUACCGGGACCGGGAGGCGGCCGAACUCUGGACCCAGCUGGUACACAAGGUGCCCGGGCUCUUCCAGGACAUCGACGUCGCCCCCUCUCUUGUCCACGGGGACCUGUGGGGUGGAAACGUCGCUGAGCACGCAGGCGGACCCAUCAUCUACGACCCAGCAGCCUUCUAUGGCCAUGCGGAAUUUGACCUGUCCAUUGCCAAGCUGUUUGGGGGCUUUGACGCUGCCUUCUACUCGGCCUACUUCAAGGUCAUUCCCAAGGCCCCCGGCUUCGAGAAGCGGCUCGACCUCUACCAGCUGUUCCACUACCUCAACCACUGGAAUCACUUUGGAGGCGGCUACCGCAGCUCUUCCAUCAGCACCAUGAAGAGACUGCUCCGUUCGUGCAGCUAGCUCGACCGGAACUGUCUGUAACAACCACAACGGGAGAUGGUCCUUGCUUUCGUCGUUUCCCAAAUGUUCUGCAGGCUGCGCGCUCGUUUGAGAAGCGAUCUUGUUUGGGUUAAAAGUGUUUGCAGAGGCAACUCUCUCAAGAACGAUUCAGGUGAUUUACAGAGAUUGACAAAGCCCCUACAAGUUUCGGGGGCUCGUAAACGAGAUUGCAUUGAGAUUGUAGACGCGCAAGUGUCGUGCCCCAUGAUCCAGAACAGGUUGCAUUUUCGAAUCGAAACGUGAUGUCUAGUCUCGUAGUGUGCUGGGCUCCUUUUGUAAGUCCCAGCCAUUGAGUUGCAGGAAUAUGCUUGCGAAAGCAGAAGUGUGGGCUCUAUUUUUAAGAAUUUAGACCUAUUUCCGACUAUAAAUAGGUUGAGUAGCACAUACUGUGCUGGAGGUAGCAACGGGCUUUUGAGAUGGUUUGGGGGCUAUCAUCAUUAUAUACGCAAAUAUGAGCUUCUUGAUUUAGGAGGUUUCAGUUUUGAGUAAAGAUGCAUUAGUUAGGUGGUGAGCAGAUGUUUAUGACUCUUCAGUGCCUGGAAUCUCAUGAACCUUGAGUAGAAAAUUAAAGCAUUUUCCCAUG